AUGUGGCUGUGCUUUCGGGGAUAUUACUAUGAAAUGAUGUCACAUUUCGAUUCACCUCAAUGCUUGAAAAAGAAGGAAUUCGAGAAAAAUUCUCUAAACCUUCUUGAUCGAAUCGAUUUGGAUUGUGGUGAAAUUUUGAAAAAUGAUGAAAAAGCAACGAGUUUUUACAAGAAUUGGAUCUACGAUCACCAAUACCAUGAACGACAAUUGUACGAAGCUGACGACAAAUGCUCAGCUCUUCAUUCUCGUUUCCAUUUCGGCGUUACUCCAUUAUCAAAAGAGGAAGCCGAUUUCCCGUUGGCUUACGGCUUUGUCGUUUAUAAAAAUCCCGUACAAAUCCUCUUUUCCCUUUCUUCAUUUUAUCAACCGCAAAACUUGUAUUGUUUUGCCGUUGAUGGACACUCAAGUAAAGAGUUUAAAAAGCUCUUUAACGAACUGGGCAAAUGUCUACCAAAUGUGCACGUUUUUGAAGUCUCUCCAGUCUCUUGGGGUACUUUCUCGAUUGUAAACGCCGUUUGGUCUUGUCUUCGAUGGACGACAAACUCAAAUCACACAUGGAAAUAUUAUCAAUACCUUUCUGGAGUCGAUAUCCCACUGAAAACCAAUUGGGAAAUGGUGCAAAUUUUGAAAGCGUUGAAUGGAACGAUUAAUAUGGAAUUGUCCACAUUUCAGCCAAGACGGUUGACUGCUGAAAAAAAGGCUUCCGAUUCGCCAAUUCCUCUCUACAAAUCCUCACUCUCAGCUCUUGUUCCAAGAGAAGCUGCGAGAAUAUUUGUGAAUGAUGAAAAGGCUAAUAAAACAGUAGAAUUCUUGAGGAAUUCUCGAAUACCUGAUGAAGGACUCUGGGCAACAUUGGCUGGAAAUCCAAGUGUGCUCAAAGUGCCCGGUGGUCUUCCAGCAAAUGAAUUUCUCAAGGUCAAAGAAGCGAUGCGAACGAAAAAGACACAAGAACGGAAAAGAAACUCGAGUCGUACAGAUGCGUUUCAAGCGCGAUUCGAUACGCCAACUCGUUACUACUUUUCUCGAUAUCAAAUCUGGGGCAGAAAUGGAUGUUAUGGCAAACUCUCAGCAUCAUCUUGUAUCUUUGGUGUCAAAGAUCUACCCAAUCUUCUUAACAGACCAGAACUCGUCGCCCACAAGCUCUACAUUGACUACCAACCAGCGGCUUUCUUCUGUAUUUUAAAGGAAAAUCAACGUCGAACAUUGAAACGAGAGCUCUUCAAUGCGAUCAAUUACACAAAGAUUCCGCAGGUGGAAUACGAACGUGGCGUCUCGAUCAAUGAGCUCACUCAUCCAGAAUUCAUCAAU